AUGGAUGAAGAAAUAUUAGAACUUAAUGAUGAUCAAGAAACAAUUCGAUAUAGAUUAAUAAAUGAAAUCUCAAAAGAAAAUGAAACAUUAGCUUAUUAUUUAAAAGAAAUUUUUAAUAUUUGUACAAAUCCAAAUCGUGAUAUUCGUAUUGAAGUUUAUAAAAAAAUUUUAAAUGAUUUAAAAUUUGGUAGUAUUGAAAGAGAAAAAUUAUUAGAAUAUUAUGCUAAAAUAAUGGAUUUAGAACGUCGUGUAAGAAAAUUUGUUAAUGCAAAAAUCUAUAAUGAAAAAAUUGAAAAUCCAAAUAGUACAGCAACAGCUGAUCGUUUUGAAUAUGUUUUUUUUCGUAUGAAAGAUGAAAAUGUACCAGAAGAAAAAGUUACAGAAUUUUUUAAUCAAAAUGCUUAUGCUAUAUUUAGUUUAACAAUGCAUCCAACGAAUCCAACAUCAACUGAUUAUACAAUUCAUGGUGGAAUUCAAUUUGAUAAAUAUUUAGAGAAUCAUAUUGAUUAUGAAGAACAUUUACAUUUACUUGAAUAUUUAACAUUAGUUGGACAAAAAAAAACUGUUCAACAAGAAGUUAAAGAAACAAUUGCUAUUAUUGAUAUUAUUUAUGAAACAUCAACUAAAGUAAGAGAUGAAUUAAUUGAAGCAUUAAAACAAACUCCAUCUUAUGAAAAAUUAAUUGAUGUUAAUAGACCUCUUAUACAAGUAUCAAUAUGGGCAGCUGGAGAUGGAGAUGGAAAUGAAAAUGCUGAUGUUUAUGCAUUAAAACAAGCUGUUUUACAAUUAAAACAACGUAUUAAACAAUUAUAUUUAAAUGAUAUUAAAAAAUUAUCAUACGAUCAGAAAAAAAUUAUUCAAGAUAAAUUAAUUAAUAAUUUAUAUAAAUCACCAAAUGAUUUAAUUAAUGAUUUAGAAUGUAUUCCUCAUACACAAGAUAUUAUUUACAAAGUAAAAACUUUUCGUUUUCAUUAUGCUCAAAUUGAUAUUCGUCAUAAUGCUUUUGAUAUAAUGGAAACAGUUGAUCAUUUAGCAAAAGUGAAUGGUUUAAUUGGAAAUUUUUCGUCAUUAUCAUUAAUAGAUCAAAAAGAAAGUAUAAUUAAAUGGUUAAAUAAUGAUAAUAUAAUUGCAAAACUAAUGUUAACUGAUGAUGAUUUAUUAGAUAAAAGUAGUAAAACAGCUGCACGUGUAUUUGGUAGAUUAAAAUUAAUUAAAUAUGAUAAUGAUAUAUUUAAUAAGUUAAUAAUAGCUGAAACAAGUUCAAUAGUUCAUGUAUUAGCUGCAUUUUUAUUAUUAAAAGCAUCUGGAAAUUGUGUAGCUGAAAAAGAAACAAUUAUUGAUAUAGUUACAUUAAGUGAAUCAGUUAAAGAUUUAGAAGAAUUACCUAAUUUAAUAACAGAAUUAGUUGAUGAUCCAAUUUAUCGAAAACAUUUAUUUUAUCGUGAAAAAUUAAUUGUAAUGAUAGCUAAAAGUGAUACUGUUAGACGUAAUGGUCGUGGAGCUGAAUCAUCACAAGAACAAGCUUUAGGAAAAAUUUAUUCAAUGCUUGAUCAAUUUAAAUUAAAAUAUCCAGAAUUAAAAAAUUUAAUUAUUUGUGGUUUUAGUGGUGGUGGUGCUGCAUUACAACGUGGUGGUGGACGUGUUACUGAAGUUGCUCAUAAUAAUGGUCGAGCAGCACGUUUUUGUCAUGCUAAAACUCUUGGUCCAUCAUUAUUAACAAUUCAAGGUCAUCAAAUGCAAAUAUUAUUUUCUCCAUCAUCAAUUGCUUUACAUACAUUACAAUCAUUAGUUGCACAAAAUCUUCAUGCACGUGCACAAACGGAAUUAAAACCAAAUGGUGAACAUUAUGUUUUACCACGUCGAGCACCAAAAGGUUAUGAUGAAAGAAAAAAUAUUGAAAAAUUUCACAAAGCUUGUCAAGUUAUGCGUGAAGCUUAUUUUAAUUAUAUGGGAGAUUUAGAUAAUCCUAAUGAUAAACGUCCAGCAAAUGAAAGUUUUAAUAAAUUAUUUACAAAUGCACCAUGGAUAUCAGUUAUUUUAGGAAAUUUAAGUUCACGUCCAUCAAAACGUGGUGGUCAUGGAACAAUUAAUCAAAAUAUAACAGUUAGAAAUUUAAGAGGUGAAAAUCCAAAAUUACUUGACAAUCGUGCUAUAACUGUUGAACGAGUAUCUGCACAUAGUGGAACACAUUUUCUUAAUUAUUUAAGUGUAUAUGAAGGUUUAAAAACUAUUAAUUAUGAUGAACUACAUGAAAUGUAUCUUUGUAGUAAAUCAUGUCGAGAUUUUAUGCGUAAUACAGCAUUAUCAUUACACAUGACUGAUUUUGAUAUAGCAUGGUUUACAAUGAUUGGUGAAACACGUCCAGAUAAUAAUGAAAUUAUUUCAUUAGCAAAAAACUUUAAUCCAAAUCAAUAUGAACAAAAUUCAAAUAAAGAAACAUUAGCAUGGCUUGAAUUAUAUGCAUAUGAUCUUGCAAAAUUAGUUUAUAAAUGUAUUUUAGAUAAAGAUCCAUCGGAAGAGAAUUUUGAUUUACAUUCACCAUUAAGAUCUGGUUUUCCAAAUUUAGCAGAACAAUUAAAAAUAAGAGAAGAAUCCGAUGAAUUUGGACGAUAUGCUCAAGCUGAUAUGACUAAUUUUAUGAAUAACAAUUUAGAUUAUGUUUUAGGUACACAUGAAUGUUUAACAUUACAAGCAUGUUAUGCUGCUGCCGAUGUUGUUAAUGCACCAGAAGGUGGUUUAAAUAUUGAACUUACAAGAAGAAAACCUAAUUGA